AUGGAUAUUAGAAAUUCUCCUUUUGAUGAUGUGCAUGGUUUGGAGGAACGAUUUUCGAACAAAACUUUUGAUGUCAAUGAUGCAAUUGCGAGUAUUAUUCGUGGAUUAGCCAAGACAUUGAGAGGAGAGCUAGAUGCGCUUGAGGAGGUCACCAAUGACACCAAAAACAGAGAGCAAGAGGCAUCAGAGUCCUUAAAUCGAUUCAAAAGAGCUCUUCGAAGAUUUAAGGAAGUGGUGAUUCCUGCCAAUAAGCCUCACCUAUUUUUCGUGAAUCAUAUGGAAGCAUUUUCUUCUUUAACCAGAGAUGUUGUGGGUUUACGAGCAUUGGAAUAUUUCAUGUUAUGGUUAAUUAACUUAACUCGUGAUUAUCGAAAUAUUAGAGUAUUAUUGACGUGCUCACCCUUAUUUUACUAUGAUUUCAUGAUGGAUAUUCCAUUCAGAGAUAAUUUACAAAUCAUUGGUUUAGGUGAUUUACCAAAACAUGAGGCUCAGAGUGCCUAUGAAAAAUUUGUUUCCUCUUUUUCGUGCCAAUUUAAUUCAAAAGAAAAACCAAUUCCAUCUCCUCCUGAUUUUGAGCAAGUUUACAGCAUUUUAGGAGGAAGACUUCAUGAUUUAAGCAAAUUUGUUGAGCUUUACUACACCACUCAACAAAAAGUAGAAGAUUAUCCUGAUCUAGGUGCCACUAUAUCUAAAUUCUCACAAGUUCUAUAUCCAGAAUUGUAUGGAAAAUUACUGAGAGCGCAAGUUUCAUCUCCUGUUUUAUGGGAAAAGGAGCAUGUUGUCACUGCAUGGAAAAUGCUUCUCAAUGCACCCAAUCAUGUCGUUCCAUACGUGAAAUUCAUUGAACAAAUUCCUAUGAACAUUUUUUAUUCGAUGCUUCGGUAUGGACUUGUUUUAUUUCGACCUCAAUCGAGCGGAUAUUGUGAUUUUGAAAUUUGUAAAAAGAUGGACACAGUUACUUUUAGAAGACCACUGGAUAAAAUUGCUGCAAAAAAAGUGCUCGAAAAUUUGAAUGAAAACAGCCUCAAUAGUGGAUUUUAA